GAGAUAAAGGGGCCGCGACUGACUUCUAACCCUCCAGUUGUCGUGGUGGAGUGUGUUGAAGUAGGUGUAUCGUCAGUGGCAGAGUUCUUCGGAAUUUGCUGGCAAUAGACAUUCCCUGACUGGCCAUUGACGAAAACUCGUAUUCUUGAUGGUGAUAAAGAUGCGAGGUCUCUUUGUGCUGGCGUUAGUCGUAGGAGUAAGCAAAUCCUAUGGCCCUCCCCCUUCAAGUAGCUCCGGUAAUGGAUGCGGGGGUGGGGGUGGUGGAUGCGGCGGUGUUCAGCCCCUUCCUGCCCAAACAGUUUCUUCUUGUGGCGGGCGAGGCUGUGGAAGCGGAGGCGGAAGCAGCCCUGGAGGAUCGGGAGACUACUGGUGGGCUGGGAACGAUUCUCCAUUUUCAGGACCUCCUGCUACGCACGUAGUCGUCAGCAGCAGCAGCGGCGGCGGUUCAGGAGGGUCAAGACCAGCAGCCUCCUCGCACCAGAGACCUCAGCCCCAGCAAGGGUACAUUCAGCCUAGCCCAGGUCCCGGACAGGCGCCCUUCCCUCAACAGCCCCUAGAUACGCAGAAUCUGGUUCAGCCUCCGAUGGGGAUUUGUCCAGCUUCCUUUGUCUGUGUUCACUGGCAGCUCUGUCGUGAUGGAUACGUCAUAUCUGAUGGCACUGGGAAUAUUAACAAGCUCAUUAAGACCAUACCUGCAAAUAUUGCAUCCAGGUAUGAGAGUUGCGGAGGUGACAUGAUUUGCUGUGGCAUUCCUGCAGGAACUAUUCUCUCAAGUAUUCCUGGAAUUUCGCCCCAGAGACCAUCCGUGGUUUCGUCUUCUCAGCCCUUAGCACCAGCGCCCCAGCCUGCAUUAUCCUUCCCUGCACCCCAGCCUGCAAAACCUGCACCUGCACCUGCACCGCAACUUACAAUCUCUGCUCCUUCACCCCAACCUGGUAGACCCGCUCCUGCGCCCCAGCCAUUAAGACCUGCACCAGGACCACAACUUACAAUAUCUGCUCCUGCACCUCAACCUGCUAGACCUGCACCUGGACCACAACUGACAAUAUCUGCUCCUGCACCCUUCCCUGGUAGACCUGCUCCUGCACCUCAGCCUGCAAGACCAGCACUAACUCCACAGACUCCUUCUGUUGGCUAUGGAAGACCCUCUGCUCCUCAGAACCCACUCAUACCCCAGAGACCUAGCCAGCCAAACCCCCAGCCCACUUUUGUAAACCCUGCCAACCCUGUCCCACAGCCUCCAGUGCAACCUCAGUCGCCCAUCAGUAACCCCAUCGGCUUGGUGUCUCCACCCAGCCCUCAACCAAAUCCCAUGAUGGGUGGGAUGAUGAUGGGAAUGAUGGGCAUGCCUAUGAGAGGAGGAUCCUGCAGUGCUGGCACUUACUGCGUCCAGCCGAACCAGUGCAAUCCCUACACAGGAUUCAUCAUCAGAGAUCCUUCUCAGCUGAUGGCAGUAUGGCCUGACUCCCCAACGGUUCCACUUCUCCCAUGUUUUGUACCAGACGGCAGCAUCCAGAACGGUGUGUGUUGCCAAGAAGCACAUCCAAAUGCUGGAGGAUUCGACUAAAGGCAGUCCAGGUCAGAGGUCGUUCGCGAUGAGGAACAGCAAGCUGCCAAUUGACCUGAAGACAGAACUUCCUUCUAAAAGAGGGCAUUGCGUCAUUCCAUUGAUUGUCAUUUGGAGAUAGUAUUACAACGUCGUCAUAGGCUUACGGCGCUAAGAGCGACCGAUCGUCUUUCGUUCCUGUGUAACUGUCUCGUGAAUUCUGUGAUUUUCUUCCUUUCCUUUAUAAAACUUUGGUGAUUUUUUUACCUGUAAGAGUAUAUCGUUAAAAACCCUUUGUAUAGUUAUUUUUAUUAUCAUGUUGCAUUACUUCAUUAUAGUAAGGACAAUUGUAGCGCAUACCGCUUGCAUUGGAACCCAGUAUCUAAGGUAUGUCAUGGUGAUGAAAUAAAUAAUUACGUAGA